UCUUGACUCCUCCUCGUUGUAAAUGCCGGUGGCGCUCUCCAAGCGAUCUUCCAGCCCCGUGUCACCCCAAAUCCUCUUCGAUUCGCCGCCGGAAUGGUCAGCUAAGGAGCAGCAGCAGCAGCAGCAGCAGCAGCAGACCAUGGCGUCGCGAUCGUGCAUCGUCAAGAUCAUCUCCUUCUUGCUCGUCUUCGCAAUCUCCGGCACGAUCUUGCAGAAUUCCCUCGCCUGGCCCCCGCGCGACGACGAAUCCCCCUCCAAGAACGGGGACACUAGCGAUGCCGCAACGAUCUUCAAGCCGCUGCUCCUCCCAUCCACUGGCACCACCAGGUCAGCAUCGCGAUCGCUCUCCUCCUCGUGUCAGAUUCAAGGGCUCGACGAUCGUGUUCUUAAGGUUUACAUGUAUGAUCUUCCAGCGGAAUUCCACUUCGGGAUGCUCGACGCGGCAAUCUCCGGUCGCCCGUGGCCUCGAAAUAUUUCCAGCCUUCCUCGCUACCCGGGCGGCCUCUACCAGCAGCACAGCCCAGAGUACUGGCUCACGGCGGAUCUCUUGAGCUCCACGGAUCCCUCGUCUCGCAAGAGCCCGUGUAGCGCUGUCCGGGUCGCCGAUCCAGCCACCGCGGACAUCUUCUUCGUGCCGUUCUUCUCAUCGCUCAGCUACAAUCGGUAUUGUAGAACCGGGCAUAGAUUCCAAGGGGGUAGGGGCUGCGUGGAGAACGAUCGAUUGGAGAAACGAUUGGUGGAGUUUCUCAGGGGCCAGGAAUUGUGGAGGAGGAACGGUGGGGCGGAUCACGUAAUUGUGAUGCAUCACCCAAACAGCUUGAUGGUGGCCAGGAGCUUGCUCAAGGAGGCUAUGUUCGUGGUAGCGGACUUUGGGAGGUUCUCUCGGGCGGUGGCAAACAUGAGGAAGGAUAUAGUGGCGCCUUACAAGCACGUCAUACCAUCGUUUGCUCGCGACGCUACCACGUUUGAGAGCCGUGAGACGCUUCUCUUCUUCCAGGGCGCGAUUGUGAGAAAGGAGGGCGGGAUUAUCAGGCAGAAACUCUAUGAGAUCCUCAAGGACAGUCCGGGCGUCCACUUCGUGACGGGCAACACCCAAAAGGAUGGCAUCCGCAGCGCCACCGCGGGUAUGAGGAACGCCAAGUUUUGCUUGCACCUGGCAGGCGACACGCCGUCGUCGAACCGCCUGUUCGACGCCAUCGCCAGCCACUGCGUGCCCGUGAUCAUCAGCGACGAGAUCGAGCUGCCGUUCGAGGACGAGCUCGACUACUCGCAGUUUUGCGUGUUUGUGGAGUCGGACAAGGCGCUGCGCAAGGGAUUCGUGGUGCGAGCGCUCGAGAGAAUCGGGCGGGACGAGUGGACGCGGAAGUGGGCGAUGCUCAAGAGCGUGGAGCGGCACUUCGAGUACCAGCAUCCAUCGCUCCCCGAGGACGCGGUCCACAUGACGUGGAGAGGAAUCGCCAAAAGGGUCCCAGCCUUGAAAUCCAUGGCACACAAAAUCCAUAGAUACGAUAGGCACUGAAUGCCAUUCCCAUGGUUUUGUAUAACCUGUGUAUAAAUCUUACUUUAAAUCCUUGGAUGUAAAUCCUAA